UUUGCACUUGGGCCACAAGCUGAUCCCUUCCACCAUGAGCUGCAGCAUCAAGAGAACAUCCAGCACCUCUUACCGGAGCAGCGGAGCUGGAGGCGCCGGCGGUGGCGGCGGCGGCCGCAGUUCCUCCGUCUCCUGCAGGCGAUACGCCUCCUCUGGGAUCGGCGGGGGCAGCUACGGCGGGGCAGCGUGCAGCGCCGGCUACGGGGGGGGCCUGAGCGCUGGCAGCCUCACGGGGGGCUUUGGGGGCGGCCUGGCAGGAGGCUUUGGCGGUGGCUUUGGCGGAGGUUUUGGGGCGGGGGGGGACAUCCUUCUGAGCGGCAAUGAGAAGGUCACCAUGCAGAACCUCAACGACCGCCUGGCUUCUUACCUGGACAAAGUGCGAAGGCUGGAGGAGGAAAACGCCCAGCUCGAGCUCCACAUCCGCGACUGGUACAGGAAACAAGCUCCCAGCGUCUCCAAGGACUACAGCCCCUACUACCAGACCAUCGAACAGCUCCAGAAUCAGAAAAACUCUCUGGAGAACUCCUUGGCCGAAACUGAAUCUCGCUAUGGCUGCCUGCUGCAACAAAUCCAAGGGCAGAUUAACUCGGUGGAGGAGGAGCUGGCCAGCAUCCGCUGCGAGAUGGAGAGUCAGAACCAGGAGUACAAGAUGCUCCUGGGCAUCAAGACCCGCCUGGAGCAGGAGAUUGCGCAGUACCGGGCCCUGCUGCAGGAGGGACAGCAAGACAUUGUAACGUCUCAAGGAGCUCUCCAAGGAGGGGGAAUGUCCUCCCACUCUUAUUCUUCUACCACCUACUCCCAUGGUCAAUCUGGCGACAAGACAGGGCAGUCACGAGUGUGCUAA